CGGUGAUAGAGAAGCAUAACCAGUCACUCGGUCGAGAGCGCGACGCCAGAAGACUCGGCACCGCAGCGGAGAACGGACACACGCACCAAGGCCUCCACUCAUAGAGCGCAACAAAGAGCGAAAGGGCAUCAACAAUGCAGGCUAGGAGAAGCUGGUGCACCCUGCUCGCAGGCCUAGCGUGUAUUUCAAUGGCGCACGCUGCCGGCGAAGCAAAACUCAAAGUUGAAACUGUGUCCGUACCUGAGGGCUGCACGCAAAAGUCCAAAUUGAACGACAUGCUCACCAUGCACUACACAGGCACGCUGGCCGACGGCACCAAGUUUGACUCCAGCCACGACCGCGACCAGCCAUUCACCUUCCAGCUGGGCGUGGGCCAAGUGAUUAAGGGCUGGGACCAAGGUCUUGUCGACAUGUGCGUCGGCGAGAUCCGCAAACUGACCAUUCCUCCCAGCCUGGGUUACGGUGACAAAGGCGCAGGCAGCGUCAUUCCCGGAGGCGCCACCCUGUACUUUGAGGUCGAGCUGAUCAGCCUGGGCGACUCUCCGCCGCCCGUCAACGUCUUCAAGGAGAUCGACGAGAACCAGGACCAGCAGCUGACCAGGGAGGAGGUGAGAAAAAUGGUGAGCAACUACCUGAAGAAACAGGUGGCUGAGCAGGAGGGUGGUGAGAUCAGCGAGGAUGUCAAGAGGAUGAUGCAGGACCAGGACAAGCUGGUCGAAGAAAUUUUCCAGCACGAGGACAAGGACAAGAAUGGAUACAUCUCGCACGAAGAGUUCUCAGGCCCCAAGCACGAUGAGCUGUAAACUGACUGAACAUAUUUCCCAAGUCUGUAGAGAGCUCAUGUUAAGGAGAGAAAUUGUUCAAAACAAAACAGUCCAUUAAUUGUUGCAUGGUACUUUAAAAUAUCAUGACGAGUUCUAAUUUAAAUUAAAAUGUUCAAACUCAGCUGUAGGUUUACUAUGAUGACUGCGCACUCUUUUGUUGAACGCCGAUGAUGUUUUGAAAUUUAAAUUGUUGAUGUAAUAAUUAGCAGUUUGUAUAGAAUGGAGUCGUGCAUCGUUCUUUCUUCUUGGAAAAUUACACUGCUGAAGAUGAAACUUAUCCUGCUCAUUGAGUAUACCACUGUGAAUUUAGAAGCAUGGACGACUUGAAUGUUCAUAGUGAACGGAAAUCUUUUGUAAAGCUAUAAUAAACUAAGUUUUAAUAAUAAUUUG